CACACUGGUUUAUAGAGUUUUAAUGCUGCUGGGAGGAGUUUGUAUUGAAAGCGCUGGUCACACUGAGAUCAGUCUAAUCUUCAUUCUACACACACCUGAUCAAGACACAAUGAGCUGCUGGACUGACGGACACUCAUGGAAAUAAGUCAACAGGGAGCCACGAUGACACCAGAGGACAUUUUCAACACUCUGGAGGAUCUAAAAGUUGAUGAAUUCAAGGAUUUCAAAUGGUAUCUGAAGCUGCCUGACAUCCUGGAAGGCUACCAACCCAUCAAACAGUCCAGGCUGGAGACAGCAGGAAGACGGGACACAGUGGAUCUGAUGGUGAACACCUUUACACUUGAUGGAGCUCUGAAGGUGACCAAGAAGAUUUUAGAGAAGAUCAAGAGGAAUGACCUGGUGCAGAGUCUGUCAGCCAACAGCUCAGGACCAGAAGCUGAAACUCAAGUGGGAAGCACCACAGUCAUAGCACAGACUGGAGGUGUCAUCUUCACACCUCAUAUGACUGGUGUCAGCAUUGGAAGAGACAUUAUCACCAAUAUCACUAAUAAUUACACAGACCGACCUCCAAACAGAACAGAUGAGACCACUGAUGUUUCUACCAAAACCAAAGAAAACAUCCAAAAGUGCCAAGCUGAUCUAAAAUCUUAUCUUAAGUCUCAAACUCAGACUCUGUUUCAAGGAACACAGGAAGAUGGAUCAUCAUCUCUGUUACACAAGAUCUAUACAGAGCUUUACAUCACAGAGGGAGACAGUCAGAAAGUUGAUAGGGGACACGAAGUAGUUGAAUUUGAAUGUACAAGGAGUUCGAGUGAGCAGAAGAAAAUCAACCUCAAUGACAUUUUUAAACCGUUACCAAACGAAGAAAAUGCUCCCCAGAGAGUUCUGACCAAGGGAAAUGCUGGGAUUGGAAAAACUGUCGCUGUGCAGAAAUUCACUCAUGACUGGGUAACUGGAAAAGUCUACCAGACUGAUUUCAUAUUUCCAUUCACAUUCAGAGAGCUGAAUUUAAUGAAAGACAAGAUGAGUAUUAAAGAGUUAAUAGGUCACUAUUUUGAAGAAGUGAGGGAUUUAGAAACAUCAGACUACAACAAUUCAAGUAUUCUGUUCAUCUUUGAUGGUCUGGAUGAAAGCAGACUGCCUCUGGACUUUAAGAACAAUGAGACAUGUCGGAGUAUUACAGACAAAAGAACAUUAGACUGCCUACUCACCAACUUAAUCAAAGGGAAGCUGCUCCACAAAGCCUCAGUCUGGAUCACAAGUAGACCAGCAGCAGCCACUAAGAUUCCCUCCAAGUUCAUCCACAGGGUGACCGAGGUUCAAGGCUUUGAUGAUGAGCAAAAGGAGGAAUACUUUCAGAAGAAAGUCCAUGACAAGGGUAUGGCUCAGAAGAUCCUCAGUCAUCUUCAGUCCAAACCGUUAAGAAGUCUGUACAUCAUGUGCCACAUCCCACUCUUCUGUUGGAUUUCAGCCACUGUGCUCCUGAGUCUCCUCACAGAAACUCCUGAAGGUGAGUUGCCAAAGACUGUGACUGAACUGUACACACACUUCCUGAUCAUCCAGACAAAAUGGAAACAUGAAAAGGAUUAUCGGAACUCUGAAACAGACAAAGAUGUGAUCAUGAAAUUGGGAAAGCUGGCGUUUGAACAGCUGCAGAAGGGCAACAUAGUAUUCUAUGAAGAUGACUUGAAAAGUCAGAUUAAUGUUACAGAAGCUGCUGUUUAUUCAGGAGUUUGUACACAGCUGAUAAGAAAAGAAGCUGGUCUUCACAAACAAGUGAUGUACUAUUUCAUACAUUUAACUGUUCAGGAGUUUCUUGCAGCUCUGUAUGUGCUAGAAACCUUCAUAGUACAAUACAAGAAUCUGCUUCCCAGCAAGAAGAGUUGGUGGAGGUGGUCAUCAAGUAAACUUUCCUUCCUCCAUAAGAAGGCAGUGGAUAUGGCUUUGGUCAAUGAUCAUGGACAAUGGGACUUGUUCCUGCGCUUCCUGCUGGGUCUUUCACAGGAAAAGAAUCAGGUGCUUCUUCAGAGAAAAUUUGAAUUUAAAGGAAGACAUCCUGGGAAAAACCAGAAGACAAUUACCUACAUUCACGGGAAGAUCAAGAAUCUGUCCCGCGAUAACAAGGUUGUCAAUCUGUUCCACUGUUUAAAUGAGUUGGGUGACCAGUCUCUGGUAGAGCAGGUCCAACAGUACCAGAACUCAGGAGAUGUUCAUAAAAUCUCACCUGCACAUUGGUCAGCUAUGGCAUUUCUGCUGCUCAGUUCCAAUGAAGACUUUGAUGUCUUCGACCUGAAAAAAUACUACGAAUCAGAUGAAGUUCUGGAGAGGCUGCUGCCUGUGCUCAAAGUAUCAAAGACAGCUUUGUUAAGUAGCUGCAACCUCACAGACAGAUGUUGUAAGCAUAUUUCAUCAGUUCUCAGCUUUAAGUCUUCUGGUCUGAAGGAGUUGGACUUGAGCAUGAAUAGACUGCAGGACUCUGGAGUGAAGCUGAUCUCUGCUGGUCUUAGAAGUGCCAAUUGCAAACUUCAGACACUUCGGUUAAAUCACACCAGCCUCACAACAAACUGCUGUCAUGAGUUCUCAUCAGUUCUCAGCUCCCAGUCAUCUAGUCUGAGAGAGCUGGACCUGAGUAACAACGACCUGCAGGAUUCAGGAGUGAAGGAGCUGUCAGUGGGACUGAAGAGUUCACACUGUAAACUGGAGACUCUCAGACUGUCAGCCUGUCUGAUCACAGAGGAAGGCUGUACUUCUCUGGCCUCAGCUGUGAGAACCAACCCCUCCCAUCUGAGAGAGCUGGACCUGACCUACAAUCAUCCAGGAGACUCAAGAAUUAAGCUGCCGGACUGUUUCAGGGUGGAACAUGGUGGAGAGCAGUGGCUGAAACCUGGUGGUCUGAUGAAGUAUGUCUGUGAACUCACAGUGGACACAAACACAGUAUUCAAAUACCUCAAACUGUCUGACAACAACAGGAAGGUGAGAUUUAUGAUAAAGGAGCAGUCAUACCCUGAUCAUCCAGAGAGGUUUAAAAACUGGGGUCAGCUGCUGUGUAGAACUGGUCUGACUGGUCGCUGUUACUGGGAGGUCGAGUGGAGAGGAAGGAUUCAUAUAUCAGUGAGUUACAGAGGAAUCAGCAGGAGAGGAAACAGAGAUGAGUGUGUAUUUGGAGAGAAUAAUCAGUCCUGGAGUCUGGAGUGCUUUGAUGAUGAUGGCGCUGGUUACUCUGUCUGGCACAAUAAGAGAAAAACAGGCCUCUCCUCCUCCUCUGUCUCUAACAGAGUAGCAGUGUAUGUGGACUGUCCUGCUGGCACUCUGUCCUUCUACAGAGUCUCUGACUCACUGAUCCACCUCCACACCUUCAACACCACAUUCACUGAAACUCUUUAUCCUGGGUUUGGGUUCUGGUUACCUGAUUCCUCAGUGUCUCUGUAGGACACACACACACACACACACACACACACACACACACACACACACACACACCACACACACAUUGUAAAUGACAGCAACAGAAAUGGUCCAGUUGUUUUGUCUCUUCUCGGUCAAUGUGCUGCACAUCAGUUGGUUUUAAAUCUCUUUAAUUAUGUUUUGAACGUUCAGAUUUCAGUUUUCUGAACUUUGUGAUCUGAUUGUUUUCUCACAACAAUCAGUCUGUAUAUACAAUAAAACCAGGCUGCACACACACAUGCAUAUAGAUAAUCAUAAUGAUGAUUUAUAAAGUUUGUCAUUUGUCUUAUUUGAGUUAUUAUCUGUAAAUAUGUGUCUAUGAGUGGAUAGAGCUGCUGCUACGUGCAGACGGACCUCCAUUACAAAAUCUCACUGUAGAGUCCAAGAGCCAAAGACUUUCUGUCAACACUUCAUCAUCUCACAUCAUCUAUCAGAAUAAACAUUUGACUUUCUCA